AUGUUUAAGUUUACGAAAAGUAUCGAUUUUUGUGAAAAUCUCGCGUCUUCUCAAAUUACACAUUUAUUUAUCCACGCACUAUUUAUAAAACUGUUGUGUUUUUCAGGUCGAGUCUCCUCAAUCUUGAUCCCACCGGGUGGUUGGUUUUCAAGUGCUAUCGGUUAGUUGUUUAUCCUUAUUUCGUUUCUCAACCAACUCAUUUCCUUCAUCUUUCAGCACGACAAGAAGAGGGGUGAUAAAUGUCGCAUAUUGUUAAAGAUUUUAUUGUUGCGACAAAAUAUAAAUUGAUUCGUAAGAUCGGAUCAGGAUCAUUCGGUGAUAUUUAUGUGUCGAUCAAUGUAACAAACGGAGAAGAAGUUGCCAUCAAAUUGGAAAGUAAUCGGGUGAGUUAUCGAUUUUUUGUUGGGAGCGAAAGGAUGUUUUGAUUUUGAGUACAGUUUGUUAUCGUACGAUAGUAUGUUUUCAAACUGCAAUUAAAUGCAUGAUAGGUUGUAAUUUUUGAUGCAAGCAAAAGCUUCAUUUUAAUUUUACCCAAAUAUCAUCAAUCUUUCAUAACCAUAUGGCCAAUUUCAUCACUUCCAAUUUCAAAGCGCGGCGUUCCCCUUUUGCAUCAUGUUUACUCAAAAAUAUUGAUCAAAAUUCAAUGUUUUUUUCAGGCAAGACAUCCACAAUUGCUCUACGAGUCCAAAGUUUAUCGUAUUUUGCAAGGAGGAGUUGGUAUUCCACAUAUUCGCUGGUAUGUUCUUUUUUCAUGAAUUUAUAUUCCCAGGAUGAUUAAUUAUGACAUCGGAGAGAUUAAAUCGUGUUGAACGGCUGCAAUUUUCUUAUUUUCUGAAUCUUUCCAACAAUAGAAUGAGCAUUUUUCAUCUAAAUUUCAGAAUAAUGCCCUUUUCAAUAAUUCACAACGUGUUUCUUAACAAAAUGAGUUUUGGUGUUUCUUUCGGAUUCAUUAUAUAAUGAAAAAUUUAGUAUCAAAAACCUAUGAACUUUUCAAAUUAUAAACUCAUAUAUCCGCUGUUUUCCUUUCACAAAUUCAAUUUUUCCAGGUAUGGAACAGAAAGAGAAUACAAUGUUCUCGUCAUGGAUUUGUUGGGACCAUCUCUCGAAGAUUUGUUCAACUUCUGCUCACGCAGAUUCACAAUGAAGGUAAUUUUUUAUCCCGAACUUGAAAUUUUGACUGGAACUGUUUUUGUUUUUCACAAAAAAUAGGUCAACAUUUUGUGUACUCUUGGUUUAUGAGAGAGAAAGAGAAGAGAGAAUCGAUUCGAUUAUACUAUUAAUAAGAAUAUUAUUCCAAUUUAGUUGGGAAGAAAUAUAAGGGAGAAAAAGAGAGAGUGAGAGGUGAAAGAGAGAAUUGAAGAAAAAGAAUGAAAGGAGAUGAGGCGGAAAAUUGCUGGAAAAUCGAGAUUUUACGAAAUUUUUGGGAAAAACAUUCAAACAAAAAGAAAGAGCCACAAACUCUAUAAUUAAAAGUUCUUAAUUAAUUAUGUAAUUUUCAGACUGUGUUGAUGUUGGCGGAUCAAAUGAUAGGACGUAUCGAAUAUGUGCACGUGAAAAACUUUAUUCAUCGUGACAUCAAGCCAGAUAACUUUUUAAUGGGAAUUGGACGUCAUUGUAACAAAUUGUUCUUGAUCGAUUUUGGAUUGGCUAAAAAGUGAGUUUUUCUCUUUUGAGCUGACUUGUUCAGAAAACAAUUGUUGAUUUUUUUCAGAUACCGGGAUUCUCGCACACGAUCGCAUAUUGCAUACAGAGAAGAUAAGAAUUUGACCGGAACUGCUCGAUACGCUUCGAUCAAUGCUCAUUUGGGUAUUGAACAAUCAAGAAGGUAAUUUUUAGAUCAUUUUAUUUGAGUAGGAGAAAGCAGACGUAUUUUUUCACACGAAAAUGUAGUCUGAAAAGUUGGUUACGAAAUUAUUUACAAACUUCAAAAAACAAUUAUUUUCACAUAACCAUUAAUUAAAAGCAAAUUGAUCAAUUAGAAAAUGGCAGGAAGUAUCAGCUGUUUUUUGUGUUUAUCACCCGAUAAAAACCUAAUCUUUGAUUAUGUUGCAGAGAUGACAUGGAAUCACUUGGAUAUGUUUUGAUGUAUUUCAACAGAGGAACACUUCCAUGGCAAGGAUUGAAAGCAGCCACAAAGAAACAGAAAUAUGAGAAGAUUUCGGAGAAGGUUGGUUUUUUUGAAAAAUUUUUUUCGAAAACUAUAAUUUUCAAAUGAAUUUGCAGAAAAUGACAACAACAGUGGAAGUAUUGUGUAAAGGAUUCCCAGCCGAAUUCCCAAUGUAUUUGAGCUAUGCUCGUGGACUUCGUUUUGACGAAUCGCCAGAUUAUAUGUAUUUGCGACAAUUGUUCAGAAUUUUGUUCAGAACACUCAAUCAUCAAGUAAGUUUUUGGUUUUUGGAAAAUAAGAGAAUUUCGUUUCAUAAAUUCAAAAUCCUGGAUUUUCAGUACGAUUACACAUUCGAUUGGACAAUGCUCAAGCAAAAAGCAGCUCAAACACAACCAGUUGUACAAUUCCCAGCUGGCGGAACUGCUGGUGGAGCUUCAGCUGCUGUUGCUGGAGCUGGUGCUAUUACUGGAAGCGGAACUGCUGUUGGAGCAACUGGAGCAACACCAACUGGAAACACACCACAAUAA